AUGGAUUCGGAAACCCCAGGCCGUGGCAGCGGCCUUCCUCGCGGCAUUCCACAGCCCCUCGCGGCUCCCCGGGAACGACCACCUCAGCAAAACCCGAAUUCCUGGACACCAACAUGCGACCACUCGGCUAUGGCGGUCAUUUACGAGGAUGCCUUCCAGUGUAUGAAUUGUGGAUUGUUUCCUCCGCUUGGGACACUUUAUCGCUGCAUCCUGGACAGGGAGUCUCUGAUUCAAGACGCGUAUAACGAUGGAUAUUCAGUCGCUUUUGACUCUAUCGGUCGUUAUUUCGAAAAAGAAAUGUCUCUUGGAAAGUCUGGGCCUGACGUCCGAAGUGAGCCAGACAGCAGCCCUCUGACCGAGAUGCCCGAGGAGCAGUUAUCCUCUUAUACGCCGGAGCAGCUUAGCAUUUUAGAAUCACAGCGUAACAACGUCCACAACACAAUAGCCAACGAGCGCAGCAUUCUUGAACACCUCACCUCCGAGUGUGCGAGAGACAAAUACCCCUACGACGCGAAACCGUGGGUUCCCGCGACGAAGGCCGAAUGCCAAUACAAAGUGUGCAGCCCGUGUCAUAGACUGGGAUACGAAAGGACUUGGUUUCGCGAGGGAAAGGCCGAUUUGCGACGCCUACGUAGUCAGAAAUAUCGGAGUCCGCCCUAUUCCACUACCAAUACACACCCCUACAGAGGUAGGGGGCCCCCCCGCGGGGCCGCAAAGGAACUCGCAAAGAUCCAAUCGGAGUGCCUCAGGGUGGUCGCUGGGGCCUACAAGGCUACCCAAAUACGGAGCUUGGAGACAGAAACCUAUUGCCCGCCCAUCGGCCUGUACCUCAACAGGAGGCUCCUUGCCUUCGAGGAUCGGGUUAGGAUAUCAGAGGAGGCGAGGCUAAUCCGCCCAGACCCCUGCCACAAUCGCUGCGAUCCUGCGGCGGAGGCGCAGAAGGGGGAGAGGAAGACCCCGGCGGGAGAUAGACGAUAUAGCAACGGCACUAGCGGAAAAGGGCUCAGGCGAAUGGAAGAAGAGCUGGAGAGGUGGAUGGAGGAGGCAAUGAGAAGGGAGUGGAUUGGAAGAUGGGAGAGUGAGGUAGCUAGGGUGGUCGCUAGGAACCCGGGGCGGGCCCUCGAACCGGCCGAUGCGACCGCGCGGUUCGACGCCUCUAUCAUGAACCGACACCGGUCGAGGGACCCAGCCUGGGAGCUAUCGAAGGCGAAGAGUACUCUCCUAGUGCAAGCGAGGACCGGGAAGAGUGGGCUUCGAGGGUUCCUCUUUACUAGGAGGGUCCCCGAGGUAGUAACGCCGGUAUGCCGCUGCGGUAUGGCGCGCGAGACAUUCGAACACCUCGUACUCGAAUGCAACGGAGCCGCAGAUAAACCUCAUCCCUGGCCAGACGACGGCGCAGAGCUACUGGAGUGGCUAGAUGACGUGAGAAGGCUGCCAUAG